CUGGCGCACGCCGCCGGGCUGCCGGUGACGCCCGACUGGCCGACGUGGGAAGCCACCGUGCUGCUGCACGUUCGCCUGCCGCGCGUGCUGGUGGGCCUGUGCGUGGGCGGCGGCCUGGCGCUGUGCGGCGGCGCCCUGCAAGCCCUGUUCCGCAACCCCCUCGCGGAUCCCGGGGUAUUGGGGGUGUCGUCCGGCGCCGCCUUGGGUGCGGUCAUCGCCCUGUACCUCGGCUUGGCCGCCCACUCCGUCUGGCCCCUGCCCAUCCUGGCCUGUGGCUCGGCCGGCCUUACUGCUUUCGUUGUCUACGGCAUCGCCACGCGGCGCGGUCAAACGCCGAUCGGCACCCUGUUACUGGCGGGCGUCGCGGUGGGCAGCCUGAACGCCGCGCUGACGUCGUUCGUGCUGUCGCUGUCCCUGGCCAACUACGACAUCGGCCGCCAGUUGAUCCUGUGGCUGCUGGGCGGCCUGGAUGGGCGCACCUGGGAGCACGUCAAGCUGGUGGCGCCCGUCACCCUGGUUGCCGCCGGCCUGAUCAUUGCCUAUGCCCGCGACCUGGACGUGCUCCUGCUGGGCGACGUGCACGCCGCCUCGGUUGGCGUGGACGUGGUGCGGGUGCGCCGGGUGCUGAUUAUCGCCACCUCACUGGUCACCGGCGUUGCGGUUGCCGUUUCCGGCGUCAUCGGCUUCGUCGGCCUGAUCAUUCCCCACAUCCUGCGCCGGCUGAUCGGGCCGCACCAUCAAUGGCUGCUGCCCCUCGCCGUGGUUGUCGGCGCCGCCUUCCUGGUGUUCGCCGAUUGCCUGGCGCGCGCCCUGAUCGCCCCCGAAGAAUUGCGCCUCGGCGUCCUCACCGCCCUCAUCGGCGCGCCGUUCUUUCUCUUCCUGCUGUUGCGGCACCGCCGUGAAGGUCUGCUGUGA